AUGAAUAUUUUAAUUACUUUAUCAUUAUUUUUUAUAACUAUAGCUGCUCAAACAAAUCCAAAUGUUGAAUUUUUAACAAGAGUAGUAUCUGAUUUAGCUAGUAAUGGAAAUGAAUAUAUUCUGUAUUUUAGAAAUGGUGGUGGACCAAUUAAUCUAGGAAUAAUAAGAACUGCUCAACAACUUACACAAGAUGCAAAUGGUGGUGAUUCUUAUACUACCUUAGCUGCAGAUCUGGGAUUUAUGAGUGAUUUAAGUGCUAUGAUUACUCCUUUACCUUGGUUUAAUGAAAGAAUAGCUACUGGUAAUAUAUCCCUGGUUCCUACUGAAACAAAUACUGCUCAAACAACAUCCCCAUCAAAUGAUGUUAAUAAAGUAGGAAUUACAUAUGUAGGAUUUGGUGUGUUUGCAGGAAUUGUAUUUGCAAUGAUUUAA